CCGUUCAAGAGAUUUGUGGAGAUUGGAAGAGUUGCACUUGUUAACUAUGGCAAGGAUUAUGGAAAACUCGUCGUCAUCGUUGACGUCAUUGACCAAAACAGGGCUCUCGUUGAUGCUCCUGACAUGGUGAGGAGCCAGAUGAACUUCAAGAGGCUUUCACUGACAGAUAUCAAAAUCGACAUCAAAAGGAUUCCAAAGAAGAAGACACUGGUUGCUGCCAUGGAAGCUUCCGAUGUGAAGACCAAGUGGGAGUCCAGUUCCUGGGGAAGGAAGUUGAUCGUGCAGAAGAGGAGGGCCUCACUCAACGAUUUUGACAGGUUUAAGCUCAUGUUGGCAAAAAUCAAGAGGGCUGGUGUGGUGAGACAGGAGCUUGCAAAGCUUAAGAAGGAAGUUGCAGCUUAAGAACCUUUCUAAGUAGUGACACACAUUGAUUUAAAAGCAAUUUUGGAACUUGUAAUUUUACUUUUGAGGAUUAUAUCUACCUUUUUUGUUUGCUUUAGAUGUGCUGGGAGAUUAUUUUUCUGAUCUAUGAUGAACUGUUUGUUUUUUUUAUUAUCUAGUGGUGUGUUGUCACA